CUGCACCCCGCUCUCCCGGUGGUUCCUUCCUCACUCCAGCUGAUCGGCCCUGGAUUCCCCGGUGGCUCUACCCGUCGGUGGUUGUAACCGCUGGCUUGUCCAAACGGCAAUUUAAACCGUCUUAAUUGCCACAGUCGGCGUGGCUUGUCGUGUCGGCAAGUUAUUCCUUGUCCAACGACACUGAAAGGGAUAUAUUUUCGGAGUAUUUUUCUCUGUAGUCGUUAUUAAAGGCAGGGGAUCUGAACACAAACAGGAGGCCCAAGCCCCAUCCCCGGAUUCACCUGCUACGCGGAGAGCCUCACACACAAGAGCGACAUGGGGGACACGGGCAGCGAGCGCAGCAAGCCUCCGAGUAACGUCAACGUUAUACCCCCGCGCUGCCCUUGUGGCUUUUGGGGGAGCUCACAAACCAUGAAUCUCUGCUCAAAAUGUUUUGCAGAUAUUCAGAAGAAACAGCCAGACGAGGGUUGUGCCUCAAAGGCCACAGUGAGCACUGCAGCCAGCAGCCAGGCAGACAUACUCACAAACAGCAGCAUCAGUCAGUCCCUGAUGUCAAUGCCCAAAACCUCAGAAGAACCCUCACCAGUGGAGACAGGCGUGCCAUCUCUACCUGCUCAGGAGGAAGUAUCCAGCACAGACACAGCCUUUGGCACACUCUCCACUCCCACAAAACGGCCCUUUGAAUCAGAGUCAGAGAGUGAUGUUUCUCCCGAGAAGCAAUCAAGAGUGGGAGAGGUGCCAGGGGCUGAGGAGUCUUCAUCAUCGUCAUCUUUAUCGUCAUCCUCAACUCGCAGUGGCUCCAAACAGCGGAGCCGCAGACGCUGCCAUCGUUGCCAAACCAAACUGGAGCUGGUACAGCAAGAGCUGGGCUCCUGCCGCUGUGGUUAUGUGUUCUGUAUGCUACACCGACUCCCAGAACAACAUGACUGUCUGUUUGACCACCUGGGCCGUGGCCGUCAGGAAGCUGUCCUCAAGAUGGUCAAACUGGAUCGCAAGGUGGGCCGCUCCUGCCAGCGCAUCGGGGAGGAGUGCUCUUGAACAACCUUUUGAGGGUGCUGCUGUUUUCCCAAAGGCAUCUAAGUGUUAAGAUGCUGUCUUGGCACUAACAGGGGUUUGAUUUGAUUUGUUUUUUUGUUUUUUUUUCCCAAAUUUUUGCAGGUUUUUUGGACUCAAACCUCCACUCAUUCAUUUCAAAUGGUGAUUUUCCCAGCCCCCCCUUUUUUUGUUUUGUUUUUGCAUUUGUUCGCCUGAUCAUAUCCCUGCCAUUAAGAUGCCUUUUGGGAAAUCCAACCCAGGAAUGAGAGAACAAUAACGAGGAGAGGAAAUAUAUACUUUGUACACUUUUUUUGCAAGUUCCUGAAUACAUGGGAAUGAAGGGAGAAAGAAAAUGAAUAAAAACAUGAGGAGAACGAGGAGAAUAAAUGCAAUGCUUUGUACAAACUUUCCGAAGGCCCGUUUGAGACUUUGCUCUUUACCUCAAAAAAAGAAAAAAAAAAAGACAAAGAAUGAGGAGGAGGAGGGAAUAGUUAUCCUUUGUAAACACUUUGCCCUGGCGCUGUUUAUAGACUGUGCUCUUUACCUCAAAAUCAGACAGAGCUGCUAAGUACUCUGCGCCAAGCAUGGAACCCGUGAAGCAAACCAAGCUAACCAGCUUCACCUUAAGCCAGUGUCUUACCCCCUUGACCACCCACCACCCCUAAUGCUUACCUUUAGAAACAUGCACCCGUGUACUCACUACUCAUAAGCACCACCUCAGGUUAACAGAAGAUCAGCUCGAUCUUCACCCCCGUUCCUCUGACCUUUACCCUCCCUCUUUCCACCACAUCAUACCACUGUCCUCCUAUUCUUCCCUUGUUUCCUUGAUUGUUUUGAUGUCUUUUUCUUCUCCACUGAACACAGCACUUUUGACAGAUAAGGGAAACAUGGUGGUCAGAGUUGGUGGGGGUGGGGUGAGACAUCCAUGUUCAAUGCUGACCAGAAGUGAAUGGUGCACGUCUUUCUCCACCAAGGCAUUGUUCAACAUUUCCCCCCAUUUUUCUAUCAUGAGCCACAUAGCCUGGCCUGCUGCUGAUGUUAAUCUUGUUGGGAACAAUCAACUGGUCAUCUGGAUUGGGCCCAGAUCUGUCUAAACACAGGGAUGUGAUUGAUCAAGACUUCAUCUGUUGAGGAUUAUCUCUUGCUGUCUUUCUCAUUCUGUCUCUGUUGUUAUUCCCCCCCCCCAACCUUCCCACUAUUCUGUUGUUUUGGCCCUAUUACCAUGUCAGCAUGUCUCUGUCACACCUGCGUUCCCUUUUUUUAACUACCUUUGGAUUAUGGGUGCUGGAUGAGGACAAACUUCAGGAUAACUAGACAUGACAUGACAGACACUGAGCUGUGCUUAUGAUUUAUGACUUGACGUGUCUGCAUUGUAUACACCCACAUGUUACCAUGUUGUUGCAAAUGAACACACUCACUUUUAUGUUGUAUAAAGUUCAGCUGUUGUGCACAUUGAGUACAAGUGGUCAAAAAUAGCAGAACAUUUGGUGUUGGGACUCGAGCUGAGUUGGCAGAAUGUCUCUCAGAGGUUCCUGUUUGGAAAGGUGAUGGCUGUUCUAUUCCAGCUCUGUUUAACUACUUCUCAUAAUGUCUUUUUGAAGGUCUUUGUUUCCCAUCAGCCACCACUCUGUGGAAAUGAUUUUUGUGCUAGCCUUGAAACAUUACUUCACCUGCUUCGCCUUUUAGCCCUCUCUUAUAAAUGCCGAUGUCUUUCCUUCCGUCAAUGCCCCAUCUUUUGAUUUUCAGCAAGCAUGAUGUGCUCUCUUUCAUCUUCUUCCUUCUGCCUUGCUCUUCUCUCACCUCUCCCUUUUACUGAUGACUGUUUUUCUUUAUGUUUCCCAUUCUCUCUCCCCCUCCUCUCUCUUUCUUUUAGUAAACAAGGUAAGGCUGUGGCGGCAGAUGGGGCUUGGGUGAGCAUAAUGUUGAAAGUCAAAAUCAGCACAUUAUUACUUCCUUUUCAAGUGUUUUCUGGGUGGACUAUAGAAAGAACUGAAAGAAACUGCAUAAUGAAUGAAUAUCUUCUAUCUUAAAGAAAUCCUUAUUUAACCCCCUUUUGCAUUUCAGAUAUACUCACACUUUAGUGUAGAGCUGCAUUUUUUCAGUUGUAAUGUGGUGCAAAAUGGGAAGAUGAACAUGGAAAAUUGUGUUUCUUUGUUUCCAUUGUUUUUUUUCUUUCUUUUUUUCUUCCCUUUUUGACUUUUUCUUUUGCUGAGAAAGAAUAAACUGGAUUAGACAGUG